AUGCCCGAUUCAGCUGUCAUUCGAGAAGAUCGUGUCACCACCAAGGUUCGAGUUGUUUUCGAUGCUUCAUCCCAUGCCCGCAGUUGUUCGUCGCUGAAUGAAUGUUUGGAUAAAGGAGACUGUCUAAACCCUGACAUCUUGCAAUUGCUAAUUCGCUUUCGAAGUUACACGACAGUUGUUACGGCGGACAUCGAAAAGGCAUUUCUUCAAGUUCAGAUUCGCCCAGAGGAUAGAGACGUAUUUCGAUACUUGUGGCUGGAGCAGCCACCAAGUCCAGAUGCCUUUCCUGAUGUUUCACACAAAGUUCAAACACUGAGGAUGACGAGGGUACCCUUUGGAGCGACUUCAAGCCCAUUUCUCCUGUCUGCUACCAUUCAGCAUCACCUUGCCAGCGUAACUGGUGAAUAUGAAGCAACUGCGAUGAAACUUAAGCAGUCAUUCUACGUGGACGAUCUGAUCACCGGAGCAGAUUCAGUAGAAGAAGCGUGGGUUUUGUAUCAAGGAGCACUGCAGACCAUGAAAGAAGCUGGAACCCAGUAA